AUGGACAGCAACCAGUAUCAACGCGCUGUCUGCCUCAAAAUAGAAGUCCAACCGUCCCUGCCACAGGAACCACCACCACGUGAUAUAUUAUUAGAAAAUUUUAAAGUGAAGCAAGAAAUAGUAGACCUUGAAUAUGAAAUCAACCAAAAAUCACCUCUAACAGACAGCCAUAGUUCUGAAAACACCGGACAUUCAAAUGUUCAUCCAAGCAAAAUAUGCAGAGACUUCAUAAGAGGAACAUGCAAACGCGAGGGAACAUGUAAAUACGCGCACAAGUAUGACCUGUCCCAACUCGAAGGGGUGUACACCUUCUGCAGGAAGUUUCAAAAUUCUCACAGGGUUAAUAAUAUGAUGCAGCUACCACCCCCGCAUGAUUCAUUUAUGCCGAAUAUCAGAAUAAAUUUUUCCCAUCCACCUCCAACUCUGCGUCCACCACAUCAAUUAGAAAAAGCAAUGCUAGCUUCUCCUCCACCAAUAUGUACUAUGGAUGCUGUUCGUUACUCGGGAGAACAUAAACCCCGAAUAACUACUGGAUAUAUUAAAGGCAUAAAGCGCGAAUGGAGUAAUUCAGAGCCAUUCGCUGCGCCGCCGUGCGACCUCGUCUACAAUGAACGAUUGUCCAAAAAAUGCAAACAUUGCGAUAUCAUGGAGUUCAGGUUGAAUCACAACCUUAAAAAGUUAUAUGAGUUGCGCGAUUCGAAAAUAUGCUGA